AUGGAUAAAUUAGAAAAUAAUUUAUUAGAUAUUAAAAACCAAAACUCAAAAAUAGAAAAUACGAACACCGACAUAGAAACGUCCAUGAACUUUAUAUCUGAACAAAUAACUUCACUGGUGUCUAAAAUUACUUACCUGGAACAGGAGCGUAUCACAGUGGAUAACAAAAUAUCCUUGCUGGAAGAGAAAAUGGAGACUCAUGAUCGCAGUUGCAUAAAAACUUCUGUUGAAAUUCGCAAUUUACCCAAGAGGAUCCAAGAGUCGAAGAAAGAUCUAUAUGAUAUGCUAAUAAAAUUAUCAAAGCUCAUAGAAAUCGAUUUGCAAGUCUCUGAUAUUCGAGAUGUGUCAAGGCAAUAUUCGAAAAAGGAAAACAAAACAUCUAAUCUGACAGUUGAGUUCUCCAAUACUCUUAUAAAAAGUAAUUUCUUGUCUCUGGUUAAGAAUUAUAACAAACGUAACUCAAACAAUAAGCUGGAUUCGUCUCAUUUGGGUCUAGAUGGCCCACUUACUCCUAUAUAUCAUAUAUAUCACUGA